CCAACAUUAAUUGUGUUUUGUUUUAUUUUCUUGUCUGUGGAAGAAGAAGAAGAAAAAUAAACCAUUUGUUCUUCUUUGGCUGGGCGGCAAUGGCGGAGGAGCAAAAGACGACUAAGGUUGACGUAGAAUCUCCGGCGGUUUCAGCUCCGGAGAAUGAACCAGCUCCUGCUCCGGUGGAAGCUUCUAAAGAGGUUGCGGAGGAGAAAGUUCAUGAUCCACCACCUCCCGUCGAGUCCAAAGCUCUUGCCGUUGUUGAAAAACCCAUUGAGGAGCCUACACCAAAGAAAAGUUCAUCUGGUUCGAUCGAUAGAGAUGUGAAACUUGCGGACUUGGAAAAGGAGAAGAAGACAUCAUUCAUCAAAGCAUGGGAAGAGAGUGAGAAGACAAAGGCAGAGAACAAGGCACAAAAGAAGGUAUCUGAUGUGCUCGCUUGGGAGAACAGCCAGAAAGCAGCCAUUGAAGCCCGGCUAAGGAAGAUUGAAGAAAAAUUAGAGAAGAAGAAGGCAGAGUAUGGUGAGAAAAUGAAGAACAAAGUGGCUGCGAUCCACAAGCAAGCAGAAGAGAAGAGAGCAAUGGUUGAAGCUAAAAGAGGAGAGGAGCUUCUUAAAGCUGAAGAAAUGGCUGCCAAGUACAGAGCCACUGGUAUGGUUCCCAAGGCAACUUGUGGAUGUUUCUAAGCUGUUUCUCAGCCCAUUGUAUUCAUCUAUUUCACUUUUUGUGUGAUUCGGUUACUUUUUCUUUGUUCGUUGUCAUGUUUAUAUAUUGGUGACUUUGUGUUUAAAAGAAGAUCAGUUUCACUUGGAUUGGCUCA